CGAUCGCGCGCCGGCGCGGCUGACCCGUGCGUGCUGCGUGUGCGACUGGACUCGAGUGCGAGAGCGAGAGCGACAGAGCAGUGGACUGAACCCUGCGGUGCUCCUGUGCGUUGCAGAGGCGGCGUCGGAGCCAUGACGACGGUGCGGCAGACGGUGACGACGGUGCAGCAGAGCAGCGGCCACGGCGGGGCGCCCGGACUCGACAACAGCCUCGCGGUAGGCUACGGCGGGUCCACGGAAAAAACGGCUGUGGCGGCAGGGACUAGGGCAGGCACCAGGGAUGGUUGGUGGCGGUGCGUCGGGGCAGGUGUGGGCCGGUCGCUGUUGGCAGUGGCGGUGGCGCUCACGUGCCAGGACACGGGUUUGAGCCCAGCCUUGACCCCGCGCGGACGCCACAGCCACCAGCGCCAAGACCGCCCCGCCACAACCAUCGCUGCAACCGUCGUCAUCGCCGUUACUACCGCCUGCGCCUCCACCGUCACGGAGCACGUCCCAGCCCGCAGCAUGAAUUUACCCUCUGUCGAUGACGGUCAACUGAAACCUCAAAUCUCACGUGGCUGCGUGUCGCAACGUCAUUCUGGAAGGAGCGGCGAAGGCUCCGGCGCCGACGACUCGAAGCUGCGCUGCGCUGGCCCUGGCGGAGGCGGUGGCGGAGGCGGAGGCGGAGGCGAGGGCGAAGGUGGUGGUGAUGGCGAUGGCGGGGGCGAUGGCGGGGGCAAUGGCGGGCCAGUGGUGGCAGUGGCGGUGUCGUUCGCGGUGCCGGUGGCGGUGGCGAAGGCGCUCUUGUGA